AUGUCUACUCAAUCCAACAACACCAUGACCCAAUUGUCACUAAGUCGCCCCCAAAUGUCACUGAAGUCUUCUUUGCACAAGAUGCACAAGGUGAUGCCGUCCUCCGACUUGCUUCCGUGUGCUCCUCCAAAGGAUGAUACACCAGAAGAACGAAGCGCCUUCGUGAUUGGAAUCUUGGAUGAAGUCCUUGACAUUCUGAAUGACGACUUGUUCGACGACGACGACGAUGACGACGACGAUCUCGACUUCAACACCAACUCAGACCGCUGGUUGUAA